CUUGCUCAGCGUGAUACUCCAAUACAUCAGAGGAAUCUUCCCACUCUCCCAAAAGAGUUUUCAUUAUUUAUUAAAAGGGAUGACAUGACAGGAAGCACUCUGUCUGGAAACAAGGUACACAGCUUGGAAUUCAGUUCUUGAUCAACAUUUUUAAUUAAUAAAUGUUAAGAUGUGGCAUUAUCUUCAUCAACAAUAAGUGAGCUUAGUAAGAUGAGGUUGGUGCAGCCACAGGAGAUCCAGCAAGAGGUUGCACAAUUUAUUUGGAAUGCCUGUAGUUUAAAGAAGAACUCUUUUUUAAGUUCAGUAGGAAAACAAGACAACAGUUUGUUUGGCAUCCACUGACUGUGCUAGUCAGUGGAAGAUGACACUUACCAUAUUUAUUCAAACACAGUGGGGUUUAUUAAAUUUUUCAUGAUUCGAGUUUGGCAUUUAUUCUAGGGUGGUGUUUAUUCUACAGCGACAUUUAUACAAGGGCAGUGUUUUUUAAUUAUCCAAUUUGUUUCUUGCAAACAAUAGUAUGGUAACUGACCAUUUUAAUUUUAAAGAACAGAAAAAUGUUUUAGUGCUUGUCUAAGAGUAUUGUUUAUAUCAUUCUAAAAUUCCCAAUUUUGCAUCAGACCUGGUACAUUCAAAAGGAUGUGUCUGAUUCACUCAAAAUUUCCAACUGUGAUUGAAGCAUUGAUCACAUCAUGAUUCUGCAUUUAUUCAAGGGUAGCAUUCAUUUUAAUUAAUAAUAAAUAUGUUAUGUACUAAUUAAACUGCUCACAUCAAAAAGAGAGGAAGCUCACAGCGGUUACAUUUUUGCCAGCCUUUUUUGAGAGUACAGAUAUUUUUUUUAGUGACUGCUACUUUGGUUUUCAAGUUUUUAUUCUCUUAAAUUUAAGUCUUUACAGCUUAUGAUAUUUUUUGUAUAGCUGAGGGUCUCAAUCAAGAGACAGCUGAAGAUGGUUCAACUUAGAAUUUUGCAUGUGAGCAAUGAAAAUCUGUGUAUGAGCACUAUUGUUUGAAAAUAUUGCAAUGUGGAAGCUGAUGUUAUGCUAAAACAAAUGCAAAAGAGAGUAUAGUAGUUCUAAUGCAAAUGACAAUAAUAUAAUAUAACUUUGCAAUCAUCUGAGUAAAAUGACCAUAAUUAUAUGGAAAUAUGUAGCUUCAAUUGUGUCUGUACCUGUGGUCAAAGUCAUCUCAUAUCUUUUUCUUACUAACCCUUUGAAUGACUAGUAUCUAAUUUCUCCUUACAAAUCAAGCCUUGAUCACAUAUUAAGGUUAUGGGAAUAAAGAAAAUGAUCACCCACUUAAGAAGCUCUUGAUUGUUAGACAAAUUCUCCUUGCCAGCACCUUAGGAAAUGUAUACAGAACAGUAUGGAGAAUAUGUAUACUGAUUUGAGUGUGUAAAGGGUUAAGUGCAUCCUCAACUGCUGAGUGACCUUAAAUUGUGCUUGUCUCAUUCAGCUAUGCCAAUGUUGUUUUAGGUUCGUAAGCUGGAGUUUUGUUGGCUGAUGCCCUGGACAAGAAGUGUGACACAAUAUUUACUUGUGGUGGAAUCCAGUCCAAUCAUUGCAGAAGCACUGCAGUUGCUGCUAGACAACUUGGUUGGAUUGUUACCUGUUCUUAGAAAGAACUGAUGCAGAAGAUUUUAAGCUGCUUGAGUCAUGAUCAAAGAUCUGUUACCCCUAAGCACAUGUUAUUGGCAAUUAGACAAAGAGUGAUGCCCAUGUGAUCUAUCACUAAUGAUAACUUAACAAACACAUUACAACAUGGAAUCUCAGAACUUUUUCUUUUACCACACUCACAACAAGAUGAAAAGCAUCUUUCUAUAUUUCUUUGCCAAGCUCAAAACCUACAAUCUUUGUUUUUUUUUAUUUGCAAAUAAAAACUUGAAAACCAAAGUAGCAGUAACUGUAAAAAAAGAUGUCUGUACUCUCAAAAAAGGCUGGCAAAAAUGUAACCCCUGUGAGCCUCCUCUCUCUUUGGUGUGAGCCGUUUAAUUAGUACAUAACAUAUUUAUUCACAUUGCAUUGAAUAGUGGACUCAUACGAAGAUGAGAUGAGAAGAUUCACAACUACACUGUCACAUAUUUUAGUUGAGCACAUGUUUCUUUGAGAUUUGAAGCAGACAGGAAAAACUGCAUAAUAGGCUGCUAACAGAAGUUCAAUCUUUACUCUAAUGUUGCUCAUUUCAAAGGAAGAAGGGCACCAAUAAUUUUGCUUCACAUAGAUGACUAAAUUUUAAGAAAGUUAGCAAACUUAUUGAAACUUUCAUUUGAUCUUUUUUUCUUCAUGCAGACCAUGGAUAUUGGUUGUAAAGGAAACUGACAUUAGGCUUUGAUUUUAGACAGAGCUAUCACCAAGUGACAGUAAUGAAGCAGCUCAUUGUAUUAUAAUUGUCAAUGAAAAUAUUGAAAUUCUUUUGAAGAAAUUUGUGUUGCAGCCAUUUUACAGUGGAAUUGACUGUGUAUUAAUUUACUAGUAACAGGUUUAGAUGUAGGGAUAGAUCUCACUGGCAGAACUUGCUUGAAAGGUUUAAAAAAAACUGCAUGAAUUUACUGCAAUUCCUGGGACAUUUUAGUUGAAUGGUACCAUCUUUGGGGUGUAAACUGAUGAAAAAUCAUGAUGGCUGCCACCCUAGCCCAUCUUCUAAAACAUGAAGGCGAGCAAAAAUAUUACAGGAGCUGCUAUUGGCUCUCAAGUUGGUUCCUUUUAAAGGAAUUGGAAAUCAAGUCAUAUCUUAAUGCAGCCUUUUAGGUGCUAAUCUUAGAGUGUCAGAAAUCUUGAGAUGUUUAAUAGGCCAUGGUACAGUUCUGUACUUAGUUGCCAAGCCUUUGAUUUGGAGUGAGGCUGAAGGUGACCUUGUUGUGAUAGAGACCAGUACCUAGUUAGCUUAACAACAAAGCAAUUUACAUUGGAAAAAUAGCAAGGUUUGUAUCAUAACAAAUUCACCCUUAGCCUCACUCCUGUUGAAAGUGUAAAUUGGAGAUGAUUUUUUUUGGAGAAAUUAGAUGCUAAUCACUCCUAGGGAAUAACACACCUAAUUAAUUUGUAAUGGAGGUAAAUUUUUUCUACGGUUUCCCUAUUUUAAAGUGAUUCCCAGUGUUCUCCUUUAUUUUAAGCAUGGCAGGUGAAUACAUUUUCAAAAUGGUAAAGCAAUCCUUUUACCAGUUGAAUUUUCAAGAAUUCCAAGCAAUUUUAACCCUUUCACUCCCACAAGUGACCAAGACAGAAUUUCUCCUUACAAUAUUAAUAAAAUAUCAAGCAGGCAGGUGAUGAGAAUAGAGAAGAAUAUCAAUCAUGGGAUUAUUAGUUGAUCCAAUACCAAAUUCUCUGAACUAACAUAAGAAUUGUAUGGCAGAUAGUAAGGAGAAUUACUAAUUGGAUCUUGGGAGUGAAAGGGUUAAAGGGUGAUAAGAGGUAUUAUACAGGUGGUAAAUGUUGCUGGUUACUGUCUGAAAAGGAGAACACUGUAUUCCAAAUUUCUUGUUGGCUAGGAAGUUAUAUAACCCACACAGGAGACUGAUAGAUUCUGUUCUGUCGUAUGACUCUCAGGAAAUGCUAAGAAAACUCAAGAGAGUUGUUAUUAUUAAUAAUUACUAUACUACAUGAGUAAAGAAGGUAGCACUGAUAUUGGAGAAUUCUUGAAUUAAGUUUUGAUGGGCUCAGUUAUUUUUGACCCAGUUCCUUCCUGCUAACUUUGUCUGCUUUUUUUUCAGGAAGGAACAGGGCUCAUCAGUUUAUCUGAUUGAAGUUGGAGGCUCCUCUUACAUGGGGAUGUUUGGUUACUUAACAGCAUUUCAAGAAAUGCUAGAUCAG